UCCAGGUUCAGGUGGCGUUGGUGUAGGAAGAGAGCGAGCGAGACGCAAGGAAAGAAGGAAGGUGGAAAUGGAACUGCCAAAUCAUGCCAAACAACUGCUGCUGCAACUCAACCAACAGAGAGCCAAGGGCUUCCUGUGUGACGUCAUCAUCGUGGUGGAGAAUGCCCUCUUCCGUGCCCACAAGAACAUCCUGGCGGCGAGCAGCAUCUAUUUCAAGUCUUUGGUCCUCCACGAUAACCUCAUUAAUCUUGACACGGAGAUGGUCAACCCCUCCGUGUUCAGGCAAGUGUUGGACUUCAUCUAUACCGGGAAGCUGCUCUCCUCAUCGGACCAGGGCAGCGAGCAGAAUUUCAGUGCCCUCUUAACCGCAGCCAGCUACCUCCAGCUCCACGACCUCGCUGCCCUGUGCAGAAAGAAGCUCAAGCGCAGUGGCGGGAAACCCCUGCCCGGUAAACCUUCCACUCCCGGGCCCCUGAGCCGCUUACGCCUCAACAACCAGCGCCUUUCCUCUUCCACGCCCGCUGGGCCCAACAACCACUAUCAUCCCGCCCCUUCAGACGCCGACCAGCCGCAGCCGGACGAAGGCCUUCGGGACAAGCUCUCCGACGACGAAACGUACAUCGGCAGCUCCGGGAGGAACGGCAGCGGCGGGAACGGAAGCAGCAACGGUAACCUCAGCAGCGGAGGAAGCGCGGGCGAGCCCGAUCUCGGGCUAGACCUGACCAAAAAGAGCCCCCCCUCGGCAGGCGCGGUCACGGACGCCCUGAGCCCCCACAGCAACUCCCAAGAAUCCCCUCAAUCUGCCUCAGUAUCCACAACCAACAGUGCCUCACUGGAUGACUCUUCGACCACCCUCCCCAGCGCCGACGUUUGCAGCUCGGAGCCCGCCGAGCUGAACUGCACAUCGAAAGCCGAGAACGCCCACCAUGACGGGCCCCCGCCCCAGAAGAAAUAUCGUCAGGGCGGGCGCAAGAACGAAUGGCCCAAGAAGGAGGCAUCGGGGCUGAAGUCGGAAGAUCACGACAGGCCUCUCGUGAACGGGGUGAUAGUGGCGCCAAAGGACGGCCGACCCGGCGGGGGCAGCGCCGGCGGCUUCAACUCCGACCAAACCCACCAGUGCAAAGACGAGGACGAGGGAGGAGAAAACGGCCAGGACCACAGCGACGAGAGCGGCCAGAGCGACGGCGAGAGCGCGGGGGGCAGAGGAGGGACGGGCGGGGCGCACCAGAACGCCAACUACGUGUACCGCCAGGAAGGUUUCGAGCCGGCGUUCGGGGACAACCUCUACGUGUGCAUCCCCUGCGGGAAAGGCUUCCCGAGCUCGGAGCAACUCAACGCUCACGUGGAGACGCACACCGAGGACGAGCUGUACAUCAAAGAGGAAGUUGGGACCUACGUCAAAGAGGAAGACGAAGAGGAGGCCGAGGACCUUUCCACCCCCGUCGGGCCCUCCAACUUCGCCACCGAAGCCCGCCCUUUCAAGUGCACUGUUUGCAAUAAGAGCUACAAGGACCCGGCGACGUUGCGACAACACGAGAAGAGCCACUGGCUCACCCGCCCCUUCCCUUGCAACAUCUGCGGCAAAAUGUUCACCCAGCGGGGCACCAUGACGCGCCACAUGCGCAGCCACCUGGGCCUCAAGCCCUUCGCCUGCGAGGAGUGCGGCAUGCGCUUCACCCGCCAGUACCGGCUGACGGAGCACAUGCGCGUGCACUCCGGGGAGAAGCCGUACGAAUGCCAGCUGUGCGGCGGCAAGUUCACUCAACAGCGCAACCUCAUCAGUCACCUGAGAAUGCACACCUCGCCCUCCUAGAAAACGCAUCAAGCCAAAGAACUCUGGGAAUAGAAAAACAAACAAAAAAACACCCCCACUAAACUCUCGCUCGACAAAGAAACGCACAUGAACACGUUCGACACAGUUCUAUUCCGCUCGGUUUACGACGGCGCCCUGGCUGAGUGAGCGUUGUUGCCAUACUGGGCGAUGGUGGUGACGGUGUCGCUUUGGGGGAUUGCGUCACCAUCGGUUUUAAAGUGACAUAUAUGCUCACCUCUCAGGAGUUCUAGAGGAACAGUUUACUCUUCUCUCUCUCUCUUUCUCUCUUUCUCUUUGUCUUUCUCUCAGCUGAAAGUCACAAAGCCGUGGCGUCAUAGCUUUGUGACUUGCGCUCUUUCAAGGCCGAUAAAUGUGAAUGUGGGUACCAAUGUAAUGUCCAGCCCUUGUCACCCCCCCAAAAGGCUUCCUUUCCUCCUAACUUUUGAAAGCUUUUUGCUGGUUGUCCACCAGAACGAUGACUCGAGUCCCCCCCUCUCCUCUCCAACGCUAUUCUGACCAAAUAGAUUCAAAGAACCCAAUGAAACCAGUACUGGCAAUAAUAUCGCAAAAAAAAAAAAAAAAAAGAGUGUUUUGAACUCUGACAGCUUUAUAGCCUUUUUUAUUUUCCUUUUAAGCGAUGGGGGGGGAACUCUCGAUGUACGAUGAGGGGGUGACUGGGACCAUCUCCAUGCUUUAACUGAUAGAAGGAUCCAGGUGGGAUCAUGUUGGGGGGUCAAGAUUUAAGUUUCAAGAGUUUUCUCUUCAUGGCUGUUGACAGUAAAGGAUGUUCACUCUUUUCCCCAUCUUGCCUGUUAGUGCACCCGGCAACCAAACCCGUUUGGGGGGGGAAAAGGACCACCCCCCUUGAGGUACGUGUUUUACUUAAAGAACUAAUAAUGUUUCAGUGAAUGUUUAAACUGGAAGGUCUUGGGUAUUUCUUGUGGAGGGGAGGGAUUUGUUUUUAAAGGGGGCUCAUAAAGAGGGUGUUUUAGACGGAACAAUAUGUUCAGUGGGUACGUUUUAUUUUGUGUCUGUAUCGCUUUCCUCCCCUUGAGAAAAAAAAACAAAACAGAAGUCUAUUUAUAUGGGCUUGUGACCUCGCUACCUCUGAUUACUCUUAACGAACUCUAUAUGUUGAUUAGUUCAAAGUUCCAAUGUAAUUAAUUGUAAAAAGUGUGUAGAUUAUCUUCACCUGAUGCUUUAACCUGCCCAUCUCUCAACACAGGUUUUUAAUGCCUAUAGAUUUUUUUUUUUUUUCUUCUUCAUAUUCUCGUUAGCAGUUGUCUAUUCCAAAAUAUAAAAUAGCUUUCCGGGCGCCCCGCUCAGGAUGGUGCCGCCUCAAAAUAAUGUACUGUAGCGUCUUUGUGAAGGCAAAUGAUGAUGGUUAGUUGGUCUAAGUGUAGUUGUGUUCCAAAGAUCUUGUGAAUGUGGAGGACAGAGCUAACUAACAAACAUUGCUAGACAAGUUCAAACCAAAGCUUUAAAAAAAAAAAAAAAAAAGAUAUACUUAAGAUAUAUAGCAUACUAAAUUAUUUCACUUUUGAUUUCCCUUACUUUUGCUCCUGUAUAAUACAAAUUUAUUAAUUAUAUUGUCCAUAUAAAGAAAUUCACUCUUUAGCGUUUUGGCCAAUGACUCUGAAGCGGAGAAAGGUUGUGGUGGUUUGGAACGGAAAAGCUUGUGCUGAUUGGUGGGCCGGUGAACUUUACCACCUUUUUUUUGUUUUUUAAGUAAGUCAUGUCAUUUUUAUUGUCCAAAGUCCUUAUCACUUUAUAUUCCCAAACUUUAAAAACCGGACUUGGUGACGUGUUCUGUUCAGACCAAAAACAAAAAAACAAAAAAAAAAAGCAAAAUAAGAAAAAAAAAUACGACUUAUAUAAUCAGAAAUUUAAUGUGAAGUUCAAGUUGCUUGUUAGUUUCUUUUUGAGCCAGACUUGUGAAAACUUGUAACAAGAAGGGAGAAGCAGAGAUGCACUGGACAGCCACUCAUUGGUCUCCUGCAAAGAUCCUCCUUUUUUUAUUUGUUUUUUUUUUUUUGUUGUUGUCGUUGCUGUUGUCUCUGAUUGUGUUCACUUGUGUCACAUAAUGGUUUUAAGUUAUUCUAACCUCGCCAUGCUUUACCUCAUAAACGAGCAUAUGCUUGAAAUCGGGCCGUCGUCGAUUGUCAUCGGCGGUCAUCAUCACUAAAGCCUGUCCAGUGUAUCCACUCUUAACACUUACUGUGGACCUCCCCUACAAGUUUUUGGUAUAGGCAUUCCUUUUUUCCUUUUUCUUUUUUUUUUAAACUGUCUUGCUGGAAUUUUUGUUUGUUUUUUUUGGGUUGAUUUAUUUGUUGCCCUCAUGGUCUGUGAAUUUAUUAUGUAGGGAUGCAGCCACAGUUACAACCUGCAUCCUCGAUUCCUGCAUUUGUUACUACUUGGUCAUGUUGGCUGUUAAGCAAUUACUCAUUUGACUAGUAAUUGUGUGGUUGGUACACCCCCCCACCCCUUGCCCCCCCCCCCAAACCCUUUGCUGUAAACUACAAACAUGCAUCCAUCCUCUGGUGUAAGAUGGAGCCCACAGUGCAUCGCCUUCUUGUACCUGUCAGCACUUGAUAGAGUGCGUCUUGAUGUCUGUCAUGCAAAGGAUAUUUUUUUUUCUCUCUCCCAUACAAGAUUUCCAGCCAUUGCUGGACCAAAAAAAAAAAAAAAGACUGUAGCUGCGUUUGAAUGCUUGCUUGUGGGACAUUGCGAAGAAAAACUCCAAACUGUGACCAUACUACUACUAAUAUUACUACUAGAGCUACUACUAGAACUACUACUAUACAAAUACUUCAGGGAUAGUUCUGCAUCGGUGAGUGCAGGCUCUCAGCUACAUUUGUAAGACAUAGUAUUGUAUCAAUUUCUCUGUAUUUUAACGAUGAAAGCAAAACACUAGUUUCAUACAUAAAAAAAAAACAAAUACUGGGUGAGGGGUGGUGGGGGGGUGCUUUCAAGUCACGCAAAGAGCCUUGACAAAAGGUGAGGCAGCUCAAACAAGUCUACAUUUUAGUUGAUGACACGCUAUGUUCGUGAAUAGUUGCAAAGUUGUACAAAAGAAGAAGAAGAAGAAAAA